GCUGGAGGGGUUUGGCAUCAUCGCAUGCCAAGAAUUCCCACUUGAUCCACGGAGAAGCGACACCGUGCGCCACUUGAUCAUUCUCGAUGCACCCAACACUUGCCCGCGACCUCGAAACGCUGCCAGACAUCGCCUCCGCUGCGCAAGCCCUGGCGGUAGACUAUCUCUGCAACGUGGAUGCCGUUCCUGCCGCACGAACUCCUUCGAGACAACGGAAUGCGGUCGAAGCUGACGAUGUAAGCGUUGGUGUCGGGGCUGUCGGUGCUCUUGAACGAUUCCGUACGCAAUGGCUGCCGCAUCUUUCUGGUAGCGCCGGUCCACGAUACCUUGGGUUUGUGACGGGUGGAAGCACUCCCGCCAGUCUUGUGGGAGACUGGAUCACGUCGACUGUGGACCAAAAUCCCACGAGCAACUGGGACUCGGAGGCACCGUCCCUUGAGCGAGAAACUGUCGCCUCACUCGCCAAGUGGUUUAACCUUCCUUCGCACACUGGUGUUUUUGUCACUGGUGCCACCAUGUCCAACUUCGUCGGUCUCGCAAUUGCACGAGAAUGGGUUGGCGAGCGUCGUGGGGUCCACGUUAGCACAGACGGCCUCGCGGCUCUCGGUCCCGUGCGCAUCUUUGCCGGCACUCCCCAUUCGAGUGUUUCCAAGGCUGCGUCGAUGCUCGGUCUGGGUCGGUCGGCCGUGCAUCGAGUCGCAACGCUUGCUGGUCGCGAAGCCAUGGACAUCGAUGCGCUCGAUGUGGCCAUGACGUCGUUCAACGGAACCUGCAUCGUUGUCGCAAGUGCAGGGACUGUCAACACGGGAGACUUUGACGAUUUGGUGCAACUCGCCGCCCUCAAGAAGCGCCACGACUUCUGGCUGCACGUGGACGGAGCGUUUGGAGCGUUCGCCGCGCUGGACGCGACGCUGGCGCCCCUCGUGGCUGGAAUGGACGACGCCGACUCGGUUUGCAUCGACUGUCACAAGUGGAUGAAUGUUCCGUACGACAGUGCGCUGCAAUUCACCAAGCGGCAAGAUUUACAGGUAGAGUUUCCAUAUGAGUCAGGAGAUAGAAGAUAUUGGCAUGCAUAUCACUAUGUGGAUGCAAGUUGCGGCAAUUUUCCUCCACGUGCCGGCUUUUGUAUCUUGAUUCCGAUAUGUGGCAUCGAAUCCUGUAGGUUGCAGUGUUCCAAAAUGCGGCGGCAUACUUGGGCAACGUCGCGAGCAAUGUCACGCCCAACUUUGUCCACCUGACGCCGGAAAACUCACGUCGCUGGCGCGCACUAGCCGCGUGGUUCAGCGUCGUCGCGUACGGCCGAGAUGGACAUGCCGAGAUCGUAAGUCGAAACGUCGAGUGCGCGCGCUUGCUAGCUACCCGCCUGGGCGAGUUCAAGGAUCUCGUGGCGGUGGUGGCGCCUGUGCGGUUGAACGUCGUGCUGUUUACGGUACAAGGCGUCGACGAUGAAACCAAGAUGUUGGUGUGGCUCCAGCGGCUCACUGACACGCACCAAGUGUUCCUCACUCCAACAACGUACCAAGGGCAAUGGGGUGUGCGGGCGGCGUUCUCGAACUGGCGCACGACAUCCCACGACGUCGACGUCGUUGUCGACGCCAUCAAGUCUGUCUUGUAAGCAAUGUAUCCACUCUCCUCAUCAUCGGACCAUCCUGCGUGAACUCGAUGCCAAUUCCAAGCAUGGACACCGCCACAACGAAGUUCGAGUCCAUGUUGACGAACGAUAUGUCGACUACCACCGUCUAAACAUAGCGCGACUGCAUCCACGUCUCUCAAUCAACGAGUUCGACGGGUUGCCCCCGCAAGAUGUUGCGAUCGUCUCGCCUCGUCCCAAUCCAUUCCCUACACGAUAGGUCACACCCUCUUCCGCAAUGUUCGCGGUGCUGUUGGCCGUACCAGAUGAGCACUUGCUGGCCGCGAUGCCUAGCCACGAAGUUCACGUCAAUGCAUGUCCGACGUGGCGAAGACACUCGUACAGAAUAUAACGCUCACGAAUGCGCGCGUCGUCGUGAAUUGCUUGCACCACGCGCUGCCACGUAUGGUCGGCUUUGCCGCCCCACAACGUGUGACGCAAAUGAGCGACGGCGCCAUCGACCAGAUCGUUUGACGGCUGCUUGAGCGCCACGUGCACGGCGUGCACCAGUCGCUUUAUCUGCCGUUAAGCAUCAUGUAUCAACAUGGCAUCAUGAGGCGCGCA